UCCACCUCCAGCGGAAACCAGCUGAGACGGGGCUAGAGAAGAGAAAAUGGCGGAGUGAGUGGGCUGCGCGUUGUUAGGACGGUGGCGACCCUUUAAGUUAGACUAAAACCUUCCUCAAAGUUCGUAAAAGCAGUUUCGAAAGCGUCGUUGUCCCCUUUACUGGGCGAAGGACGUAAACAUUAUUCAGCGGUAGCUUCGCUCGAUGCUAACGUCAGAUGUGGCUAACAUUAGCGGCUAACAGUUCAACUCAAGCAGGCCUCAGCUGUUGGAAUUUCGUCUUUGUUGUGCAUAUUGUGACAGCGACACGUUUAUUUCUGUGACUGUUUUAUCUGCAGUGAUUUUUUUUUACCGAUUAGUUACAACAAAACCGUGGAUUUAAUGAUCGUCCCUUUAUUUGUCGACGAUUGUUGUUUGUACUGAGCGCUGCCGCUGCUUUUAUUAUCCUCGUACAUCGCGAUCCGAACAAACGACUCUAUGUCCUGCUGAAAAUCAGGCUAGGCCCCUCCAUAAAAAAAACAAACCCAUCAGAUAUUGUGCUUGACUGGAUCGUAUUAUGGCGAGCAGCAGCGGCUCCAAAGCCGAGUUUAUAGUCGGUGGGAAGUACAAGCUUGUUAGGAAAAUCGGAUCGGGAUCUUUCGGUGACAUAUACCUGGCAAUCAACAUCACAAAUGGAGAGGAGGUAGCUGUAAAACUGGAAUCACAAAAAGCCAGACACCCACAGCUGUUAUAUGAAAGUAAGCUGUACAAGAUCCUACAAGGAGGUGUCGGAAUCCCACACAUCAGGUGGUAUGGCCAAGAGAAGGACUACAAUGUUCUAGUCAUGGACCUGCUUGGACCCAGUCUGGAGGACCUGUUUAACUUCUGCUCUCGUCGCUUUACCAUGAAAACAGUUCUUAUGCUGGCAGAUCAGAUGAUCAGCAGAAUUGAGUAUGUACACACAAAGAACUUCAUCCACAGAGACAUCAAACCAGACAACUUUCUCAUGGGCAUCGGCCGUCACUGUAACAAGUGUUUAGACUCGUCAGUGGGGAAGAGGAAAAGAAGCUUGGCUGUUAGCUCUUCUCAGGACUCAUCUUUCUCAGGAUUACACCAGUUGUUCCUUAUUGACUUUGGUUUGGCGAAGAAGUACAGAGACAAUCGAACACGGCAACACAUCCCUUACAGAGAAGACAAGAAUCUGACUGGCACAGCACGCUACGCCUCCAUCAAUGCACAUCUGGGCAUCGAACAAAGCCGCCGGGAUGACAUGGAGUCACUAGGCUAUGUGCUGAUGUAUUUCAACAGAACAAGUCUGCCAUGGCAAGGUUUAAAGGCUGCCACAAAGAAGCAGAAGUAUGAGAAGAUCUCAGAAAAAAAGAUGUCCACUCCUGUUGAGGUCCUUUGUAAGGACUCUGAACCACCAGUACGACUACACAUUUGACUGGACCAUGCUGAAACAGAAAGCAGCCCAGCAGGGAGCCACCUCAGGGGGCCAAGGCCAGCAGGCACAAACCCCCACAGGCAAGCAAAAUGACAAACCCAAGCCUAACAUGAAAGGAUUUUGAUUGGUCCCAUCACUGACCAGAUCUGCUGUUGGUGACCAGGACCAGCAGACGUCUCUUUCAAGCGACAAACAGAAAGUCUCUGUCUUUUCUUCCAUCAUAAGUAUCUAUGUAAUGGAAAUAUAUAGAUUUACACAAGGCUUUGCCAGCUGUGCCGUCUAUAUUUUCCUGUGUAUAAAUCAUAAAAUUCCACUUGGGAUAAUGUGUGGGGUUUAUUAUUUGGGUUUUCUUUGUUGUUGUUGUUGUCCUUUUUUAAAAGGGUGGGGGAAGCUGUAGAUGUCACCCCCAAUUACACACACACACACACACCUUUCCCCAUCUAUGUAUGUCCAUUUAUUUAAUUUAAAAUUUUUUAGGGAUUGGUUAAGAAUAGUAAGCUGACCUGUAUUUUUAUUUCCCUCUCAGUGGUUUAAAUCAUCCCUGUCGCUCCUUACUUAUUUUACUCCUUUCUUUACCAAACAAUUGGGGAAACAUGUAAACUUAAAACUUGUUAUUUUUGUUCUUUAAUUAAAAGAUGAAAUCUUGGAUGUUUAUUUACAAAAGCAUUUGAUUUUUGUUUGCUUUUCUUCCUGUUUUCCUAUGGUGAUCAAAAGGUUGCCAGUUGAUAAUAUAAGGAGGAAAUUGGCAGUAAUUGAUCGUAGGAUACUUCUGCUCUCUCCCUAUCUCUAGAAUUAUUAAAUCUGUUGUAAAAUGGUCUUCUCCAGAAAUGCCAAUAAAAAAACAUUACUUAACUCUGA